AGAGGAAAAGCUAGCGCUUUCUCAUGGGUCGCCAUGUGAUGUGAUGACGACCAUUACCGAAACGGCCCAAGCACUCGCUCUGACCGCCAUUGCCGACCGGCCAAUCUCACCGCCGCGGCGGAGGCCCGCAUCUUCUCCCAUGACGGCGGAAUAUUCCUCGCAACCAUCCAAAAGCGGAAGUCCGGCGACGUGUGCUCCAUCUUUUUCCUCUAACGGCACCACGGCGUUAUCCAUUUCAGACUUGUGAGCUUUUCAACUGCCUGAUUUGUUGUGGUCUCAGCAAGAUCCAUCUUUUUCAUUCUGAGAUGGGAUAAAUGCCGUCCGAAUUUCGCAUAAUUUGAGAUGGAUUCAUCCACGUAUAGUAUGUAAAAAAUGCGAUAUUCAAAUUGCAUGUUCAACAGUGGCGGUGGCGAGCAAGGCAAUCCCCUUAUAAAUUUCCCUCCAAAAUUCGCUGUGAUUCCUCACACUACGCGCCCAUCGAUCUCGCGCCAUCUGGCCCAUCUCACAAUGCGGAGGAGGGGCUCGCUUCUUCUGCUGCUCGCGGCGGUGGCCGUCGUGGUGGCGGCGGCGGAGGCUGCGCCGGCGUCGACGUUGGCCGGUCCGUCGCGGCCGGUGACGGUGCCGCCGGGGGACAGGGGCCACGCGGUGGACCUGCCGGACACGGACCCCCGGGUGCAGCGGCGGGUCAAGGGCUGGGCGCCGGAGCAGAUCGCCGUCGCGCUCUCCGCCACGCCCUCCUCCGCCUGGGUCUCCUGGAUCACGGGGGACUUCCAGAUGGGCGGCGACGUCAAGCCGCUCGAUCCCGCGGCGGUCGCCAGCGUCGUGCGCUACGGCCUCGCCGCCGAUUCGCUGGUACGCCGCGCCACCGGCGACGCCCUCGUGUACAGCCAGCUCUACCCCUUCGAGGGCCUCCAGAACUACACAUCCGGCAUCAUCCACCAUGUCCGCCUCCAAGGGCUUGAGCCAGGGACAGAGUACUUCUACCAAUGCGGCGACCCGGCCAUCCCGGCGGCGAUGAGCGACGUGCACGCGUUCCGGACGAUGCCGGCCGUCGGGCCGGGGAGCUACCCGGGGAGGAUCGCCGUCGUCGGGGACCUUGGCCUGACCUACAACACCACCUCGACCGUCGAUCACAUGGUGAGCAACCAGCCCGACCUGGUGCUCCUCGUCGGCGACGUCAGCUACGCCAACCUCUACCUCACCAACGGCACCGGAACAGACUGCUACUCCUGCUCCUUCGCCAAGUCGACACCCAUCCAUGAGACCUAUCAGCCUCGCUGGGAUUACUGGGGAAGGUACAUGGAGCCGGUGACGUCGAGGAUUCCGAUGAUGGUGGUGGAAGGGAAUCACGAGAUCGAGGGGCAGAUCGAAAACAAGACAUUCGCAUCGUACAGCUCCAGAUUCGCGUUCCCGUCGACAGAGAGCGGAUCGUUCUCUCCGUUCUACUACUCUUUCGACGCCGGAGGCAUCCAUUUCAUCAUGCUCGCGGCUUAUGCUGAUUACAGCAAAUCAGGGGAGCAGUACAAAUGGCUGGAGAAAGACUUGGCAAAGGUGGACAGGUCGGUGACCCCAUGGUUGAUCGCCGGCUGGCAUGCUCCAUGGUACAGCACCUUCAAAGCUCACUACAGGGAGGUAGAGUGCAUGCGAGUGGCCAUGGAGGAGCUCCUCUACUCCUACGCCGUCGACGUCGUCUUCACCGGCCAUGUGCACGCGUACGAGCGUUCGAACCGGGUGUUCAACUACACGGUGGACCCGUGCGGGCCGGUGCACAUCUCGGUCGGCGACGGCGGCAACCGGGAGAAGAUGGCGACCACCUACGCCGACGAGCCGGGACGCUGCCCUGACCCGCUGUCCACUCCGGACCCCUUCAUGGGCGGCUUCUGCGCCUUCAACUUCACCUCCGGCCCGGCCGCCGGCGCCUUCUGCUGGGACCGCCAGCCCGACUACUCCGCCUACCGGGAGAGCAGCUUCGGCCACGGCAUUCUUGAGGUGAAGAACGAGACGCAUGCGUUGUGGAGAUGGCACAGGAAUCAGGAUCUGUACGGCAGCGUCGGUGAUGAGAUCUACAUCGUACGGGAGCCGGACAAGUGCCUGCUCAACUCCAGUAGAAUAGCUUACUAUCGAUAAUUUCUUUUUUUGUGCUUCUUCUUCGAAUAGCCAGAUUAGGCUGGCACGUUUAUAAUCCUUCACUAGCUAGGAAUAACACUGUAGCAGUCUCGAAUUUGUCAGAUAAAAGCGACCGGCAUGUCUGCUGUUGCAUGCGUAUUCUUGUAAGAUAAUCUGAAUCUGAAUAUUGAAACUGCAUUGUUCUUUUGUAAUGUAUACCUGUAGAAAAUCUGAAAGGAA